UAUUAGUAAAGCACGUUGAGGCUCUAGUUUAGCUUGAUGAGUGUUACAGCUGCAAAGUGUUUCCCCCAACUGAACCCUAAUUCUCAUCUUCACCUCCGCUCUCUCCGGCGAUUCUUCAAUCAGUGUUCAUAUUGCAAUAGAGCAUGGCCUUUACGCAAUCAUGUAGAAAUGCUCUCCGUCGCGCCUCCCAAAGCGUGUUCCACCACCCCAUUUUGUUUUCCGCUCAGGGCGUUCGGUAUCGAAAGCUGGAAGUCAUUCUCACUACUAGUGUGGAUAAGCUGGGGAGAGCAGGGGAGGUUGUGAAAGUGGCGCCGGGGCAUUUUAGGAACCAUUUGAUGCCGAAGUUGCUGGCGGUCCCGAAUAUUGAUAAGUUUGCGUAUCUUGUUAGUGAGCAGCGGAAGAUUUACCAAACUGAGGAGGUUGAAGAGGUUAAAGUUGUUCAGAAGACCGAAGAAGAUAUAACUAAAGAAUACCUGACAGCAGCAAAACGCCUGGAUGAUGCUAAGCUGGUUUUGAGAAGGUUUAUCAAGGUUGACAAUGAAUUGCGAGAACCUGUGUUGAAAGAAGAAAUCGUUGCUGAGGUAGCAAGACAGUUAUGUGUCCGCAUUGCCCCUGAAAACCUACAUUUACCAACACCUUUGUCAUCUUUGGGGGAGUUUGCAGUGCCACUCUUAUUACCAAAGUCCAUUCCUUUGCCUGCAGGGAAGGUCCAGUGGACACUUGAUGUUAAAAUCCGCAGAAAAUAGACUGAUCAAUAUUGCAUGACCUUGUCAGCCUUGCAAUGUAUUUGUUGGUUGAUAAUAUCUAGUUUUGUGCCAAGGCAACCGCUUAAUCUUAGAGAGAAACACGAGUUUGAGUUGGUGGAGAACUUCGGUUUUAUUGUUCGGGAAAAAAAUCAUUACUUUGUCUGUAAGCAAUUCAUGUAUUAGUUCAGAGUAGAAAAAUAGAUUAUAAAAUAAAUCCUGUGAUGUCUUAAUAAUCUAUUACAGCACGAAUUAUGAUGGUGUUAAAAAAGUAGUUUUAAACACGAAUUCUUAGUUAUAUCUAGAUUUUUUCAAGAGUGUUGUGUCCGGGAUACAAGUGUUUCAUGAAAAAUUUUCUUAGUCUUU